AUGGGUGGUGAAGCAGAUGGGGCCAACCUUCCUAUCCCAAUUGCGGACCUAACGGAAAUUGCGACUGAUGCAUGUGACGCGGCGUUGGAGGAUGUUCAGAGCUACGACCAUGAACAAGUCGGCCAAUGGAGCUCUCAUAUAAUUAACACAGUCCUCCAAUCACUCAUUGAAGCCACAACACCCGAUCAGCCAGACGAUGACGCUGAAACCGACAACCCCCAACCCCCGCCCUACCGCUUCAACGUAAACUGCACAAUCAUACAACAAGGAGUAACAGCGCCAGAUACCCCAGAGUCGCGCGAGAAAGUUGGUAAACGAGGAAUGCAUUCCGCCUCCGGGGCAUACUGGGACGUUAGCCGUGAUGGAAUGUGGACGUUCAAAUACCCAAACGCGGAGGAUAAGGGACUAGAUUUGGUCUUGAAUAUCGUGUGGUUUGGCGCGAACUGA